AGAAUGGUCAGCAAAACAAUCGUGAUGCUUUUUUCAAUGGUGACCAUGGCCAUAUUUUACAACAAUGUCUUGGCAGCUUUACCGACUCAGUGCAACCCGGGCUUUCUGGACGAUCUUCCUCCAAGGAUUCGCAAAGUCUGCGCCGCUCUUUCAAGGAUAUACGAACUUGGUUCAGAAAUGGAAAGCUACAUUGAUGAGAAAGAAAAUCACAUAACAGGUUUUCAUGAGAGUAUUCCGUUACUAGACAGUGGCGUUAAAAGACAGGACGUCGAUCAUGUUUUUCUGCGCUUUGGGAGGCGUCGUUAG